AUGUUGACGAGCAUGUGGAAUCACGGUUUCGCCUUUUUCUCAGUUCUGCAAUAUCAUCUGUAUCGUCUCAUUCUCUUCAAAGUACCUUCGCUCUUUAAAGUUCGUCUCCCAAAUCGUGAGAAGCCAGAUGAUGUUGAGUGCUGUAGAGGCCCUGUCAAUGGGAAACAACCUCCAGGUACGGCGGACGAUACAUACGCAACGUCAAUCCCGGAAUGCGCAGGUGACAUAAACGUCGAAAAAGAGGACCCGGUCCUGUACGAGCCUCUUCUUGGCGAAAUCUUGGGCGAAGGCUCAACUUCCCGUAUUGCACGCGUGGCGCCAGGCGUCAUCAUCAAAUGUCCACGAUUCUCUUGGUGGCAUUCUAAGACAGCGGCGGAUAAGUGGUUCAAGGGCGUCUCGGAUGACCCGUUUGGAUUGUUAUUUGCCGAAGCAAGCGAUGGAAAUCUACAGAACUACAUUGACCAGCACCAUGCUAGCAUCGAUAUGUCUCUACGAUUCAAAUGGCGCACGCAAGCCGCGGAGGCGAUCCAAUUCAUUCAUCAAAAAGGUGUGAUACACUCUGAUCUUCGACCUGAGAACUUUCUGUUACAUAGUGUCGCCGGAAACAAGCUCGAUCUUCUGCUCUGUGACUUUGGGGGGUCAACAAAUGGAGAAAUAGAUGGUCGGCAUCUCCCCGACGCCGGAUUUUUUAAUCCUUGCAAUCAGGAAUCGACGAAAAGCACGGAUAUUUUCAGCCUCGGGUCCAUCUACUAUACGAUAAUGACUGGCCAUUGGCCCUACAGGUCUCCAGGUCCAUUCAAGUCUCUGGAAGAGAUGGAGAAAUACCAAGAAUUGGUUGACAAACUGUUCGCCUCCAAAAGCUAUCCGCCGGUUGACGGACUGGCAGCUGGACCUGUGAUACAACGAUGCUGGACAGGAGAAUACUCUGAUUUGAGGGCACUCAUUGAAGACCAGCGUUGGCAGUUCGAGAUUCUGUUGCGAUGA